AUGAAUAAAAACAUCUGGAACUUCAUUUUAAUAAUUCUAGUUAUAAAUUUGUUACUAACCACGGGUGGAACGACGGCCAAAAAUAUCAACGGGAAAAAUGGGCCAGAUAAUAACAAAAAAGGACCCAACUGUUGUGAUAAAAAAGGCUCAAAUGAGAACCCCAACGAAAAAAAAAAGGAUGAUAGGAAUUCAGAGGAUGGCAGGAUUUCAGAAGAUGGUGACAUUUCAGAGGAUGAUAAGGUUUCAAAGGAUGAUGCAGAAUGCACACCUUCAUUACAUGUAGAAUGUGCUCAUAACUGCAGCAAAAAAAAACUGGCCUUUAUUUAUGACUGCUGGGACAAUUUUAAAUUGUACAAAAACAUAAUUGAGCAGCACAUGAAAGGCCAAAAGGAAAAUAACUUCCAACUGCAGGGAGCUGGAGAUGGAAGUAGCGGCGAUGGAAGUACCACAGGCCACAGCAUGGCCAUGCCCAUGUCAUUUCAGCUUUCCACGCACACGAUUAUUUUGUUUAAAUUCUGGGAAACCAAAACGCAACUGUCCUACUACAUCUCCCUUUUCUUGUGCCUCAUUUUUGGCGUACUAUCAGUCCUACUGAAGCUGCUCCGACUGCAGGUCGAACAGGUUCUACCGAAAACCAAAGACACAAACGUAAUGACGAGUGGUAUUCUUUUUAAAAACAAUUUAGCGAGAUCUGCAUUGUCAUUUAUCAUUUAUUCAUGGGACUACUUAUUAAUGCUAAUCGUUAUGACUUUCAAUGUUGGCUUAUUCAUCGCCGUUGUGGUUGGCCUGUCGAUUGGUUUCUUUUUAUUUGGACAUAAGUUUGUCACAUGUGGGAGAACCUACACGGAGGGCUUGGACGUCCACAAGGAAUUUCAUGGCGACCCCGCCUGUUGCGGGUGUUGA